UUAAUGUGAAAAAUUAAACUGAGUAAUGAAAUUCGAUCAUAACUGAUGUGGCUCGGUUCCUUUCUGCUUAACGCGGUCCAAUUAUUAGUAAGCAUGAAUAAAGUGAGGAAUAGGCUGGAAAGAACUCGGGCGGCGGGUGGGCCUCUGAAACAUUUCACCUCCUAUCCACGCGGGACGCUAUCCGUUCAUCAUGCGAGGCAAUAGUCCUCGCCUCAUUAUCUCCCAAGCACGGUAGCACGCUUUGAUCGCGAGCGAUAGUUGAGAUUCCGUGUUUACAUUCACGGCUCUGUUUAGUGUUUACGAAGAAAAAACGAUGCUAUAGCUAUGUCAUGUCUGUCUCCAAUUCAGGCAAUUCAGCCAAUUCUCCAUCUCUUCACGACCGGGACCGGCAUUCUGAGUCUUGUCCCUGCGCUGCGCUGUGUCUCGUGCUCGAGUCCACCAGUUACCUAAGUCAUGUAACCCGAUCGCUUUUUGGUUUUUCAUUCUUCUCGCUCGAAUUAUUUACCAACAGUUUCGUAGAAGACGUGCACCGGGAUUAUUUGCCGGAUUUUUAGCGUAAAGCACUGUGCAGUGCGCCGCGCCGCGCCGCGCCGCUUCGAUUAGUUCGAUUGUCUUUUUUCUGAGCGAGUAUAAUUCGUCACUCCUAUGGCGUAAGGACGCGUCUCGAUCUCCGCAUGAGUCUCAGAAAUCAUGGUUUCUUAUUUCAUAGAUCGCAGACAACUCUAUCGCUUGCCGACUAGUUGAGCCUCGUUUAAGCUCCCACGGGUAUUUGAGAGACCAAUUUAAGUAGCUAAAAACGCUAAGAGUGUUGAAAAAAGCUGCGUCUCAGGACUGAAUUUUUCCAAGCGAAAGAAAUUCCCUGCUUCAAUUGCGAGCAUGGUACCUCCGAAGCGUAUUUUCGGCCGAUGCCGAAUCGGAAGUUGAGCAAGCAUGGAAAAUACUUUGGGGGCGCUGCCAAGUGAGUUGAUGGUGCCGUGCCGGUAGCGGUAGGUACCGUGGUACCGCCAUCCAGAAUCGUGAUUCGUGACGUAUUGACGUGACGUGCGAGCGUGAAAUAGGAGCUCUCACCUGAGAACAUUCAUCGACGCUCUUGGGCGAGGUCUUGGACGGUCUUGAGUGACGUGACGUGACGUGACGUCACGAUGGUGGAUAACAUGGCCAUGGCACCGGCGACGACGACGACGACGACGACGACACCCGCACCCGACGAUGCCCAAGGAGCAGAACAAGAAAUGUGGCUGACAACGAAAGAGGCGAGCACUCUUGGUGCGGAGGAGGUAGCGGCCAGCUUACGGGUCGACCACCGGACGGGUCUCUCAUGGCGGGAAGCCGAGCUCCGCCGAAAACUUACAGGCCACAACGAGUUCCUUAUCAAAGAAACAGAUCCCACGUGGAAAAAAUACUUAGAACAACCAAAGCAUCCUUAGAUGGCAGCUUCUAAAAGCAUAUUUUCUUAAACUGAAAAAACUUUGCCCUACUCGGUGGUCGUCAAGAUCUGAAGCUCUGCAAGCCCUGCGAUACAAUUAUCCUGAUGUCAUGAAAGCGCUUUCAAAAAUUUGUCUCACACCCACGAAAUCCGACGAGAUAACUAAAGCGCAAAACCUACUAAAAAGGCCAUAGAUCUAUCAAUUGAUGAAAGCAGUUUCACUGGUGAAACAGAGCCUGCUGCAAAAUCAAUGGAACCAAUGCUAAAAGUCAAUGGUCACACCAACAUGAAAAAUAUCGCUUUCAUGGGAACAUUAGUA